ACGACUUUCUCAGCAUAUCUAGGACUCAAGAAAAAAAUGUUUAAUCCGCAAGAUAUGUUUUCUCAGUCGGAUAUUUUGGGCUGGGGAACACGUAGGAGAAACGUUAGGUUUAUAGACAUGUUUAACCUGACUAAAAUUAUCACUAAUCUCGUGCUAUUGUCAUUUAAAUCAUAUGCUAUACUGUUCGCCUAACGUUACUUGUACCUGCCAAAAAGCUCAAAUCUGUGAAGACAGUUCAUGACCGCAGUACAACAACAAAUGUCCCCUGCAGUCUGGCUUUAAUACAGAUCUUACAAGCCAAGACUUUCUCCAAGUUUGGCCUGCCCCUUUAACAGCAGUGCAGCCCUAGUGGUGAUUAUCGGACUGUCCGAUUCCCUGGAAACUCUGCGGCGCAGCUCUCACUUUUAACCGGGAUCAUGGCGGCUCCGCUCGGGCGGGACACACUACCUGAGCACUGGUCCUACGGAGUGUGUGGUUAUGGCAGAGUCUUUUUCAUCAACGACAAAACUCGCGGCACUACUUGGCUCCAUCCCCGCACUGGUGAACCUGUCAACUCAGGACACAUGAUACGAUCAGAUUUACCGCGGGGAUGGGAAGAGGGCUUCACCGAGGAAGGCGCCAUCUACUUUAUAAACCACAACCAGAGGACGACGGCGUUCAGACAUCCUGUGACGGGACAUAUCUCCUCAGAAAACACGGACUUCAUUUUACAGGACCAAGGUGGGCUCAUGGAUUCAGAAUGUUGGACUCUCGUAGGAAUAUCGCACACAGCCAUGAAGACCAUCUCUCAUGCAGAUGACAGGGCAAAUAUACGCAUGUCCAAGCCACCACCAGAGCCGAGGCCUCCCAGCAGCGAGUCCUCUGUAGCCGUCUCCUCAUCCCCUGCGGACACCACCUCUGGAUCCAGGAGUUUGAAACCCAAUGGGAAGUUGCAUUGCUUUGGCAAGCGUGACCAUUCCAUCAAAAGGAACCUUAAUGUCCCAGUGGUGGUGAGAGGAUGGCUCUAUAAACAGGACAGCUCAGGCAUGAGACUGUGGAAGAGGAAAUGGUUUGUGUUGUCUGAUUACUGCCUGUUUUACUAUAAAGAUAGUCGAGAGGAGAUGGCUCUGGGCAGCAUUCCUCUGCCCAGCUAUGUCAUUUCCCCCGUGGGACCCGAGGACCACAUCAGCCGCAAGUAUGCCUUCAAGGCCUGCCACACGGGAAUGCGCUCCUACAUUUACAAUAAGAAUUCUCUGAUUGGCUCGCAGGCCGAGCACUGUGGCAUGAGGACCUACUUCUUCAGCGCCGACACACAAGAGGACAUGAAUGGCUGGAUCCGGGCCAUGAACCAGGCUGCACUGAUGCAGAGCCAUGUGAAGAGGUCAGUCGCCUCCUGCUGCUGCAAAUCUUUUCUCAGGGACUCGUGUGAACUCUCUAAUUGCAUGCCUCCAACAGAAAGAUUCACAGAAUCUGUCAAAAACCAGAUAGAAAGAAAACUGGAGGAGUUGACCCUGCUGCUCAUCCAGCUCAGGAGACACCGGGCCAAGAUGGCCAGCGUGCGCAGCGACACAUUCACACACCUGCAGAACCAGCACAACGGCCUCUCAGGCCCCAGUUUGCAGACAGAUGACACUUACAUCAAGCUGAAGAAGGACCUGGAGUAUCUAGACCUGAAGGUAACUGGACGUGACUCGCUUAAAGAUCGACCACCUCGGCCUGUUAAAAUAGCUGAAAGUGACAUAGAUGUAAAGCUUAGCAGGUUAUGCGAGCAAGACAAGAUCCUACAGGAGCUGGAGGCCAGGAUACGCACACUCAAAGAAGAUAAGGACAAGCUUGAGUCAGUUCUGGAUGUUUCCCAUCAGCAGAUGGAGCAGUACCAGGAUCAGCCCGCCCAUGUAGAGAAGAUCGCCUAUCAACAGAAGCUGUUACGGGAGGACGUGGUCCACAUCAGGGCGGACAUCUCACAAGUGUCCACGGAGAUGGAGAACACUUGGGCAGAGUACAGCCAAUUGGAGAGAGAUGUGGACAGACUGCGUUCAGCCCUUCAAGACCAGAAGACCCACAGUGCUCUCUCUCAGGAGAAAUGUCAGCUGAGGAAGGAGCUGUGGCGGAUCGAGGAUGUGCUUGCAGGCCUAAGCUCCAGUAAAGCCAACUACAAAGUGACCAUUGACUCUGUUCGGAAUCCAGGUGAGAGCGGGCCCCUGCCUGCCAUCACCCCCAUGCACUGGAACACAGAACGAGAGAGAAAACUUGUGCCUUCAGCGUCAUUGUCCGCAGUGCCUUCUCUCACUGCAAGCCCAUCCAUGGGUGAACUGAAAGCUGCUCAGCCCAGCCCCCAUCUCAGCCCAGUGCAGUCUACCCAGCAGCCCUUGCAGCUCUCACAUUCAGCGCACAAGCCAAAAUGGCCUGAAGAGGAUGCUCCACCCAGACCCCCUCUCCCUCACCUCUACAGUCCAGAUGAACACCCCCCGGCUGUGCCCCCGCUCCCCAAAGAAACCUCUGUCAUCCGCCACACAUCAGUCCGGGGCCUUAAACGACAGUCUGAUGAGCGGAAGCGUGAUCGUGAGUUUGGGCAGUACACUAAUGGAGAUCAUAAGGUUGAGAUACGAGCGUUCCUGAGUGAGCCUGAACUACUGGGAGUUGGUGGACAAAUUGGGGGCUUGAGCCGUGGUAGUGGCUACCAAACUCUACCAAACAGAGGUUUGACAGGCUCAUCUUCAAGACUGAACCAGUCAUCAAACAUUUCAUCGUUUGUCACCCUCAGAAGAGGACUCACCACCACAAGCUUGAAGGAGAGACCAAAGAGUGCCUUGGAGCGGCUGUACUCUGGGGAGCCCGUGCAGCAGCGCGGCCGCAUGAGCACCGAAGAGCAGCUGGAGAGGAUGAAGCGUCACCAAAAGGCUCUCGUACGGGAGCGCAAGAGAACGCUCAGCCAGGGCGAGUGGCAGGCAUCCUCAUCUCGUGCCUCCUCCUCCUCCACAUCCAGACCUGUGUCUGCAGACCUGGGAUCAUGGAGGAGAGAGCAGGACUUUGAUUGGCAUCUUCUUGAGCGGGCCGUGCAGGGUGAAGAGAGACCAGUCGAGCACAAAGAGAGACAGCGCUCUCACUCAGACGAAUGGCUUACCCUAAGCAGCACACCCAUGAGAGAACUGGAUCUGGAGCCUCUGGACUACCAGCUGGAUCUCAGCAAAGAGCUUGCAAAGCCACAAAAGGUGGCCAUCCCUGAGCGUUAUGUGGACCUGGAUCCAGAGGAGCCCCUUAGCCCUCAGGAAAUAGAGGCCAGACAUCGUAAAGUGGAACAAAUCAAGAGCAUCCUUGCUAAGUCUAGUGUCCAGAAUAUACCUCCUCCAGCAGCAGUAGACAAGCCGGUGCUGCCGGACAUAGACUCGGCUCUACAGGAGCAAGAGAGAAUCAUCACCAUGUCCUAUGCCUUAGCAUCAGAGGCCUCGCUCAAGGGCAAGCAAGUGGCAGCUUCACCCCCGGUUAACAGUCCCACCUCACUCCCUCAACCUCCACCACCUCCGCCUCUUCCUCCCCCCGCUCCUGUUGCCGUCUCUACGGCUCAGUCUGCUCCCCCUCCCCUGAGCAAUGGAUUUCACUACACCUUUGUCUAAUCAGAGAAAAACAAACCAAAGCUGUGUCUGGAUAUUAAGGUGCUGUCACAUUCUGAAAACCCCACUAGAGGUGGACAAACUUAAACUCGGCUUAUCGAAUCACAUCGCUCACAUUUAGAGAUGACGUUAGCGCACUUUUGGACUCACAUGGGAACUUGCUCCUGAAAUGCAUUUUUGUAGAGCUAUUAUUUGAUACGGACUUUCUGCUGUGGAAACUGCUGUGCAUAUGCUGUACAAAAUCUAACCAUGAUAACCCAGAUAUAGAGAGCCUUUUUAUAUACAUUACUGCACUUUUAAUAUGCACCCUAUUGUAGAGAACAUUUAAAGCUCAUGUUUUACUUCUCAAGGCGAGACAGAUGUUUAAAUGGAGUUCAGGUUGAAAACAACGGUAACAUAAAGACUAAAAAAGUAUUAUACAUGUGUAACGCAUUAUGAACAUGAAGGGUACAAAAAUGUCAAAUGUCGAUUGUAUUUUGUCAAUUCAGAUGAUAUUCUUACAUCAAAUCACUUGAAAUAUUAUUUUUAUGUAUCCAGCACUGCCAGUCUCUCCAGUUAGCUUGCCAAAUGCAUUUUAUUUUUGUUGACAAAGUUAAGAAAAAAAAAUAACAUUAAUAUUUUCAGACAGGAUUUGUGGGGAAGUGGUUGGGGAGGAAUAUGCCACAUACUUUUUUUUUAAAGAAACUGUAAAUAUUAAAGAUAUUAACAAGCCAUUUGUCUUUUAUUCUGUUUGUGUUCUCUAAGAAAGAAGGAAAGAGAGAAAAGAAUUUCAAGUUUUUCAGUUUCAGAAUGUCAAAUAAGGAAUUUAUUAAAUGAUUUGGAGGUUUUACAUUUGCAUCGCAUUAAAAUCAGUAAUCAAUUCGAAAUUACACGUUU